ACAUGAUGAAUUGGUGACAUCAAAAAAGAGACGAAGCUUCCGCUGAACUCUGGACGGUGUGACGGGGGCGCGAGCGCUUAUAUAAAGCAAACUUUAAAGGGAUGCACAGUGUUAAUCCCGGCCUUGUUGGUCACGAGUGGAGCAGAGAAGUGUAAAGGUUUUUUAUCACAAGGUCGCUACUGAUCAAGAGGUUUUUUUGCGCGUAAGGCAACCGCUUCGGGCAGAACAGUGAAUUCGAAGGUGCAAUGAGGGCGGUGUGUCUCCUCAUCCUCGUCUCAUUAGCGGUGUUCAGCAUCCAGUGCCAAAAUGUCCCGAGUGAUUCUGGUGGAGAAAAUCCCACUCUGGACGAGGUAUUACAGCGCGCAGAGGGUCAUCUGCUUCGGUCCUUCCUGCAAAAACUGGAGGAGGACGAGAGCGCAAACGACCUGUUUCCGAAUCAGCCAGACUGGUUGGUGAAAAGGCAACACCCGGGCAAGAGGCAGCACCCAGGAAAGCGCGACUCGGACGAUUACGAAGAGGAAUACGCGAUUCAAAAGCGGCAGCAUCCCGGAAAACGCGAAGACGACUCGGACUUUUUCGUCGAGCUCCAGCGACGGCAACAUCCGGGCAAGCGCGCGGCGCCGGAAAAUCCGACGUCGCUUCAAAGCGACCUGCUGAGCGUGCUGUCUAAGAGGCAACACCCGGGGAAGCGCUACGACGCGUACGACAAGCGCCAGCAUCCAGGAAGGCGCGAGGCGGCGACGGAGGAUGAGGAGGAGGAAGAAGAGGAGGAAGAGGGCGCAGCAAGCGCGGUGGACUUGUUGGACCUGGAAAAACGGCAGCAUCCCGGGAAAAGGCUCUUAGACCCCUUGGAAGUGUCCGCUGGAAAUCCGUGUGGUAUGCCAAGCUGCAGUAAAGCCAGUCUUCUGCUCCAGAUGCUCAAUGAAGUGAAGCAGAGGCGCGCAAUGGAGAAAAGACAGCACCCCGGCAAGCGCUUGAGUGCGCAGGAAGAGCUGGAGGGGAUUCAGUAGGCUACACACGUGCACUGUGGCGAGAAAUGAAAAGAAAUAAUCAUUCAUUCACAUAGGGUACAGUUUCUUUUCCACCUUUGCCCUUAACGCACCACAUGAGAUAUGUGCCAGCUGUUUCGCAUACAACAUAUGUAGCACCUCGUGACGUUGUCUGACUUUUAAUUAGUUAAAUAUUUGUCAAUUUGGGGUCAUUUACAGUUCUAUAUACGAUUUAAAUAAAGAGGAACGCGGAGUAACACUGUGCGUAAAAGUGUCCAUAUUACGCACAACUGCUAGACCUCGAACAGCCUGUCCGAGACACCUCUCUCUCUCGCUAGUUUAGCCAAAGAGCCGGAAUUUAUAUUAAUUUGAGGACAUCUUAAGUAGAAUUAACUCCAACAUGAAUAUCUCUUAUCCCAUAUAAUAAACUAAACGCCGGUAAUAUCUCAUGUGGAGACGCAACGCUCAAACUGCACCACUUUCCGCUUUUCCCUUACCAGUCCCAUGUGUUAGUAAUGUCUACCUUAUGUACAAUACACUCCCUUGCAAAACAGGGUCGUACUGAAUUAUUUUUCUACACUAUACGCCUGCAUGAGUUGGAGAGCUUGUCAAUCUGUAAAUGAUUUUUCCCCUUUCAGUGGAUCUACAGCACACAUGUAAAUUGCAGUUAUUGCUGUACAAUAAAAUGCUUUUGAUGCCAAA